GAGACAAGCACCAGCCUGCAGUGGGGAGCUCCAGGCCCAGCUCGGAGGAACAGCCCGGGCCUCUGAGGACUCGCAGGAAGGUCUUUAGUCUUCCCUCUCCUGGUGCUUGAGAGCUCUGCCCACUGAAGGGUGAGGAGUCAGGUGGAAGAGGAGGCGAGGAAGGCAUUCCAGAGGCACCAUGUUCCGUAAGAAAAAGAAGAAACGCCCCGAGAUCUCAGCCCCACAGAACUUCCAGCACCGUGUGCACACCUCCUUUGACCCUAAAGAAGGCAAGUUCGUGGGCCUCCCCCCACAAUGGCAGAACAUCCUGGACACACUUCGGCGGCCCAAGCCUGUGGUGGACCCUUCACGCAUCACACGGGUGCAGCUCCAGCCCAUGAAGACAGUGGUGAGGGGCAGCUCUGUGCCCAUAGAUGGCUACAUCUCGGGGCUGCUCAAUGACAUCCAGAAGUUGUCCGUCAUCAGCUCCAACACCUUGCGUGGCCGAAGCCCCACCAGCCGGCGACGGGCACAGUCGCUGGGGCUGCUGGGGGAAGAGCACUGGGCCGCAGACCCGGACAUGUACCUGCAGAGCCCCCAGUCUGAGCACACUGACCCCCAAGGCCUCUACCUCAGCUGCAACGGGGGCGCACCAGGAGGCCACAGGCAGAUGCCAUGGCCGGAGCCUCAUAGCCCACGGAUCCUGCCCAAUGGGCUGGCCACCAAGGCACAGUCCCUGGGCCCUGCAGAGUUCCAGGGUGCCACACAGCGCUACCUGAAGCUGGGCACCUGCCUGCAGAGUUCCCCACCCAGCACCUCGCCCCCCGCAGCCACUGGGAGGCGUGGGACCAAGGCAGCCAGGCAUGGAUCUGAGGAGGCCCGGCCACAGUCCUGCCUGGUGGGCUCAGCUGCAGGCAAGCCAAGCGGGGAAGGCAGCCCCAGCCCUAAGACCCAGGAGAGCAGCCUUAAGCGCAGGCUGUUCCGAAGCAUGUUCCUGUCUACCCCUGCCACGGCCCCUCCCAGCAGCAGCAAGCAGGGCCCUCCACCACAGAGCAAGCCCAACUCCUCAUUCCAACCACCACAGAAAGACUCCCCUCCAAGUCUGGUGGCCAAGGCACAGUCCUUGCCCUCAGCCCAGCCCAUGGGCACCUUCAGCCCUCUGACCACCUUGGAUACCAGCAGCCCCCAGAAGUCCCUCCGCACAGCCCCAGCCACUGGCCCUCCUCCAGGCCGGUCUUCCCCGGCGGGCUCUCCCCGCACCCGGCACGCCCAGAUCAGUACCAGCAACCUGUACCUGCCCCAGGACCCUGCAGUGGCCAAGGGUGCCCUAGCUGGUGAGGACACAGGCGUCGUGACGCAUGAGCAGUUCAAGGCUGCACUCAGGAUGGUGGUGGACCAGGGUGACCCCCGGCUGCUGCUGGACAGCUACGUGAAGAUUGGCGAGGGCUCCACAGGCAUUGUCUGCCUGGCACGGGAGAAGCAUUCUGGCCGCCAAGUGGCUGUCAAGAUGAUGGACCUCAGGAAGCAGCAGCGCAGGGAGCUGCUCUUUAAUGAGGUGGUGAUAAUGCGGGACUACCAGCACCUCAACGUGGUGGAGAUGUACAAGAGCUACCUGGUGGGCGAGGAGCUGUGGGUGCUUAUGGAGUUCCUGCAGGGUGGGGCCCUCACGGACAUCAUCUCCCAAGUCAGGCUGAACGAGGAGCAGAUCGCCACUGUGUGUGAGGCUGUGUUGCAGGCCCUGGCUUACCUGCAUGCCCAGGGUGUCAUCCACCGGGACAUCAAGAGUGACUCCAUCCUGCUGACCCUCGAUGGCAGGGUGAAACUCUCGGAUUUUGGAUUCUGUGCUCAGAUCAGCAAAGACGUCCCUAAGAGGAAGUCCCUGGUGGGAACUCCCUACUGGAUGGCUCCUGAAGUGAUCUCUAGGUCUCUGUAUGCAACCGAGGUGGAUAUCUGGUCUCUAGGCAUCAUGGUGAUUGAGAUGGUGGACGGGGAGCCACCCUACUUCAGCGACUCCCCAGUGCAAGCCAUGAAGAGGCUCCGGGACAGCCCCCCACCCAAGCUGAAAAAUUCUCACAAGGUCUCCCCAGUGCUGCGAGACUUCCUGGAACGGAUGUUGGUGCGAGACCCCCAGGAGAGAGCCACGGCCCAAGAGCUCCUGGACCAUCCCUUCCUGCUGCAGACAGGGCUACCCGAGUGCCUGGUGCCCCUGAUCCAGCUCUACCGCAAGCAGACCUCCACCUGCUGAGCCUAUCCCUAGAGCGAGCCUGUCACCUGUGCCCACAGGCAGGGGACACUGGGCAACCAGCUUGUUGGCAGGGACUGCCUGCCUCAUUUUCUCAGUAUUCUCUCCAAAGAUUGAAUGUGAAGCCCCACCUCUGCCCUCCUGCCCCUCAGCCCACUGGGCCAGGCCGGACCUGCCCCUCAGAAUCUCUCCCCUCCAAGAGAGUCCCCAGUUGCCUUUGGGAUGAUGGAGACCCCUUCUUCAGAAUGACCCUUUGUUAUUUGCACAGGGAUAUUUCCAAGAAACACCGAGACCAGCACUUCCGGCCACUGUGGCCAACACAGCAGAAAAGGCUGCUGUGGUUUUUUAAAGGCAGUUGUACACUAGCAUCUCAGGCCACCCAAGAGUGCAGAAUGCCUGUCUUCACCAGGAUACUUCCUGUUCUCAGCUCCACCAAACCCUGGGGUCUCAAGAGGGCCAUAGAGAAGGUUUUUAUUGCCUGAAUCCAUCUUCUUCUUUUGUGUCUGACUUCCUGAAGGCACGGUCCCACUUGCACCUGCUUCCUGACCCACCUGCACUGAUGACACGCAACACUCUCAUGCACAGCCUGCUCAUAAGCCAUGGAAGGCCACGGGAGGAGGAGGGGCAUUUUUUGAGUGAAAGAAAAAUAAUUGGGUUGGUGGCAAAGGUGGUGUCACUUUAUAGGAGGCACAUGCUCGUGUGAGUGUGUGUGUGUGUGUGUGUGUGCGCGCGUGUGUGUGUGUAAAUGGAGGAAGGUCACCCCGACAGCCUGGCCCCUUCAGUAAGGCUUCCCCAUCCUCUCUCCCACUAAGUUCUGCUCUGAAGAGACCUGCUUUCUUGGCCUGGAUUCCCACCUUUUAAGUCUCAUGAUGCUACCUGACCAGCGAAGAGGUCUGUAUUGAGUCUGAUGCAUCCUGCGGACUGGGCAGGUCCCAAGUUUCUCCUGUAUUGUGUGGUCUGAGAGUCCGAGACCAUAAGGGGGAGGAAACAAACUUUGUUUUACUUGUGAGCUUCAUCUCAAUAACCAGGUCAUCAGGGACCCUUUCUUUUCAAAAUCCUGGUCUGGGGGAGGUAAACCAGCUCCAGGGGUUCCAUCAUGUCAAAAGAAUGGGCACCCCAUUUGUGCAAACCUUCUGCCCCUAGCAGCUUCCUCAGACACCUGUUUCCUUGUCCUCCUUCCUUCCCUGCCUUCAGGGCUGUUAUGACACAAGGAAGCCCAGGGAAGAACUCUAGGUGUCUGGACCCCAUGUAGAUCAUAUUUUUAGAUUCCUCUACUCCCUAGUGGCCUGCUUUAGGGCAAAACAAAACGGAACAAAAAACUGCAAGGACUUUUUUUUUAAGGGUCAGAGUUUUAAAAACAAAAGCACCUUCCCUAGAAACUUUUGUGAAUUGUUUGCACUUGUGCCUGUUUUAAAUUAA